AUGAAUGCCUGUACCGAGGAGGGUGCUUCAAAUAAUGUUCAUCAACGUCUAUACAAGCCAGUGUCUGCGACCGAAUUCAGAGUCGUACAUCUUCUUCCCGGAAAAUUUCACGAUGAAAUCAAAUGCGUCUUGGAAACCCGUUCAUUCCAUGUGAAGGCCCGGUACAAGGCAAUCUCCUACCAAUGGGGCGACGAGUCGCCUAGUGACCCAAGAACUCCAACGAAGACACCACCUCAUAGAACAAUUGAGGCCUUGGCGGAGUUAUAUAAAGUCUUGAAGGAGCGAGCAAAGAGCUAUCCAGCUCUACUACGAGUUCCUCCCCGAUUUCUCGCAGGUUGGAUCCUUUGCCAAACUCUUUUGCGUCUGCCAUUGGGACCACCGCCAUGGGUACCGCCAUCAAUUCCUCGAGAUGUUUAUAUUGCAUUCCUGUCUAUAAUAUUCGGAUAUUUCGCUGGUGACUUCCUUGUGAAGGUAAUAAUGGCAGUCAUCGAGCUCUCAGAAACGAAGCCCUGGGCUGCGGCGUACGACCUGAGAAGUAGUCGCACAGGACAGCAAGGAUUUCAACGGCCGUCCGAUUUCGAGACGCUGCAAGUGACCACCAAUUUGCAGCUUGCCUUACAAUAUCUUCGACAGAACAGUCGUGUUCGGACGUUGUGGAUUGACGCCCUGUGUACCAACCAGAGGAACGAGGAUGAAAAGAUGAUACAGAUCCAGCGCAUGGAGUGGAUAUAUGCUAAUGCAUCUCUCGUUGUUGUGUGGCUAGGCGACUGUCACGGACUUGGGGCAACAAACAUAUGUGCUGAGUCGACAUCACCGGGAGUGGUGAGAUGCGAACAUGAAACUGCUAUCCAAGCGGCUUUUGGUUACAUUUGGACUCGAAGUGGGUGGAGAAUCUUAUGUCGCUGGUACUUCGACCAUCACGAGCAGGAGAGGUUUCAGGAAGCUUCUUCUGGUCUAUGUGAACUCGCUAGAAGGGGUUGGUGGGAGAGAUUGUGGGUAGUUCAGGAAAUAGCUUUGGCAACUAGGCCGGUACAACUGCAAUGCGGUAGCAAAACGUGUGAUUUUGAAGAUUUCGCCAAUGCUGCGUAUACAAUACUACAAGAGUAUGUAGGGGACAAGGCCAUCGCAGAAAGCUUCCGAUCUAGCAGAAAGUUCGAUGAUACCAUCAAGGAGUUUCGAUAUUCAUUAUUCCAUGACCGAGGUGGACUUUUUGUCAGAACAGCGUCUAGCUUUAUGAUGAAAGUUAUGGGUAUGUUCUUUCGGGACAUAGGUUCUAAUGUGCCCAGAUUCCACGACCUGCCUUUUGCACAGAGACUUCAGCUCAUCUUACUGAAGUCUGCUGGCCGAUUCAAAUGCCGCGACGAUCGGGACAGAUUAUAUGUAGUGCUCGGGAUUGCAGGGGGGGCUACGACGGAAAGCGUCUCUAACACUGCCAGCUUGAUAGGAACAAUCAGCAGUCCUUACUUUAGCCGGAUUAUCUAUAGCAUUUUGGAUCAGCUUUGGGUGGAUUUUAAGUUCCCUGUCAAGGUGGUCUACAUUGUCUUUGCGGUUGGUUGGUCGAUAUGGGAACAGUUCUAUGAUUUUCGGGCUAAGCAUUGGAGUAUCAACCGACCUUAUUAUGUCGUAGCUGGGUAUAGAGAAGCUAUUAAGGCUGUUACGACCAAACAAGGAAAAGUCUACAAUCGAGCUGAGUUUUUCACGGCUUUGGCAAAGUAUCUAGCCAAAGAAACUGGUAGUUUAGCACUUCUAGAUGUUGCGAAUUGUGGACAGGGCGAAGAGGAGGAAAUGCCAUCAUGGGUGCCGAAAUGGACACAAGAGAUUAGCAGACCGGCUUACGAAUUUACAAAUCGUAUUAAGAGCGAUGAGCCUCCGGAUUCAAUAGAUCUGGACUAUAUGCAGUCGUCACCGUGGUUGGGGGCUUUCGAGAAAGUCCUUGUUCUGUCCAGCAAAGAGAAAUUCGUGGUAUCGGGUGCAUUAAAGAUUAUAAGUAUAAUGUACCAGAUACACCUGCCGGCGCUUACAGAAGAGGAGAAUAAGUUCAUCGCAAACUUAGUGAGGUUAAUAGAAACCUUCCUCGAUAUAGGAUUAUCGCUACUCAAGGAUGAGCUACUCAAGGAAGGCUGCAAAACAGUGAUCUACAGCUAUGAUGUAACUGUCGGUGAGAUGGGACACGUAAUAGCUAGAGAAGCGGUCAAGGGCGAUCAAUUGGUGUUCGUGCCGGGCUGUUUUCAUCACUUGGUGCUGAGAGCUCAAAGGCAUAGAGCAGAUCGAUGGAAGCUUGUCGGUUUGGUGGCAAUGUCGAAGACAACUCAGGGGAGAAAGGGUUACACCAAGAGCGAGUGGGCGCAACUUCUUGAAGAAGGGGCUGUGUAUAGGUACAGCAUUGAGUGA